CAGCCACCUUGUACGAACGGAAAAAGCUCGUUAGUGGGAGAUAAAUAAUUUUGAUUUGCAAUUUAAGAAAAGCGUUCAAAAUGAAAAAGGAUAAAGCUGCUUCUGGAGACGGGGUUGUUCGCAAAGAGCUCAACCCAUGGCCACAGUACAUAGAGGAACGCAAUGUGUUUUGGGAGAAAUGCAAGGCAGAGUAUUUGGCCGAAUUGGCUGGCAAGCCACGUACACCCAUCAAAGUAACAUUGCCUGAUGGGAAUCAGGUGGAGGGCAUUAUGUGGGAAACCACUCCAUACAAUGUUGCUUGUGGUGUUAGCCAAGGCCUAGCUGAUAAUACAGUGAUCGCCCAGGUCAAUGGCGUCUUGUGGGACCUUGAUCGGGUACUGGAAGGGGAUUGCAAAUUGCAGUUACUCAAGUUCGAUGAUCCAGAAGCCCAGGCUGUUUUUUGGCACAGCUCUGCCCAUAUAAUGGGCGAGGCCAUGGAGCGUAUUUACGGUGGACACUUGUGCUAUGGACCACCGAUUGAAAAUGGCUUUUACUACGACAUGCAUCUGGACGGCGAAGGCAUCUCUACCAACGACUAUGGUGCCAUAGAGAGUGUGGUCAAGCAAAUCGUGAAGGAGAAGCAAACCUUUGAGCGUUUGGUGAUGAAGAAGGCCGACUUGUUGGAAAUGUUUAAAUAUAACGAGUUCAAGGUCCGCAUUUUGAAUGAGAAGGUAGACAGCGAUCGUACUACGGUGUACAAAUGCGGUUCGUUAAUAGAUUUAUGCCGCGGUCCGCAUGUGCGUCACACCGGUAAGGUAAAGGCGCUAAAAAUCACCAAAAACUCGUCGACAUAUUGGGAGGGCAAAGCUGAUGCAGAGACAUUGCAGCGCGUCUAUGGCAUUUCGUUUCCAGAAGCCAAACAGCUCAAGGAAUGGGAAAAGUUGCAGGAAGAGGCAUCUAAACGUGAUCAUCGCAAAAUUGGACGGGAACAGGAGCUAUUUUUUUUCCACGAAUUGUCGCCGGGCUCCUGCUUCUUUCAGCCACGCGGCGCUCACAUCUACAACACGCUUAUCAACUUCAUCAAGUCCGAGUACAGGAAGCGUGGUUUCCAGGAGGUUAUAUCUCCCAAUAUCUACAAUGCCAAAUUGUGGCUGACUUCGGGACAUUGGCAGCACUAUUCCGAAAAUAUGUUUUCCUUUGAGGUGGAGAAGGAGAAGUUUGCAUUGAAGCCUAUGAACUGUCCCGGCCACUGCUUAAUAUUUGAUAAUCGUAAUCGCUCUUGGCGUGAGUUGCCACUUCGCUUGGCCGAUUUUGGCGUGCUCCAUCGUAACGAGCUGUCGGGCGCACUGACCGGACUCACACGAGUACGCCGCUUCCAGCAAGAUGAUGCGCACAUUUUCUGUGCGGCUGAACAAAUCCAGGAGGAGAUAUACAGCUGUUUACACUUUUUAAACCACGUUUACACAAUCUUUGGCUUCACCUUCCAGCUAGUCCUGUCUACUCGACCAGAAAAAUAUCUGGGUGAGCUGGAACAGUGGAAUGCAGCCGAAAAGGCGCUGGCCGAAUCUCUUAACGAAUUUGGUAUGCCGUGGAAGGAGAAUCCCGGCGACGGCGCCUUCUAUGGCCCAAAAAUCGACAUCACUAUUAUGGACGCGUUGAAGCGGGCGCAUCAGUGCGCCACAAUACAACUAGACUUCCAGCUGCCCAUUCGUUUCAACCUGAACUAUGUUGCUGACGAUGGCGAAAAGAAACGUCCGGUUAUUAUACACCGUGCUAUUAUGGGCUCUGUGGAGCGCAUGAUUGCUAUUCUCACGGAGAACUAUGCCGGCAAAUGGCCCUUCUGGCUGUCACCGCGACAGGUCAUGGUGGUGCCUGUGGGUCCAGCCUAUGAUGAUUAUGCUAUCUCGGUUCGUCAGCUAUUGUAUUCAGCUGGAUUUUUGAGCGAGGCCGAUUGCGAUGCCGGCGAUACCCUAAACAGGAAGAUACGAAAUGCCCAGCUCGCUCAAUUUAAUUUCAUACUAGUCGUUGGCGAGAAAGAGCGCUCUUCGGGAACGGUGAACGUGCGCACCCGAGAUAACAAGGUGCACGGGGAAGUGUCAAUUGCCGAGCUCAUGAUAAAGUUACUGAAAAUACGUAACGACUUUGUGUCAAAUGAGGACAACUUCUAGAUAAUUUUAUUAUUAUUAAUCAUCAAUAUUUAUAUUAGCAAAGCAACCUAUAGCUCACAAAUAUUUAAAUAAAGACUAAACUAUAUAAUCUC